AUGAGAAUGAAAUCUGUUCUUCUUCAUAUUGUUACCACAACAUUCAUACAGAUGGUGAAUAGCAGCAACAUGGCAACAAUGAGCAAGAUGAAGGCAAUGUACAUCUUGGGGGAUUCAUCUGUUGAUUGUGGAGAAAACACACUCUUUUUUCCUUUUCUCCUUAAUAACCUCUCUUUACACCCUUGCGAUGGUGGUCCUUCUUCCAUUCUUCCACACCUUCUUGCAAAAAGGAUUGGAUUGCCAUAUCCCAUACCAUUUUAUAGCCAGAAUGGAUCAACGGAGGUGCUUUUACGUGGCAUAAACCUAGGGUCAACCGGAGCCACCAUCAUGAGUAACCCGACCAACCCAGUCCUCCAGUCCCUCAACCAGCAGCUUCGCCAAGCAUUUGAGAUUUUUCAGUUACUGCAACUAGAACUUGGCCAAGAAACUGCCAACGACUUCAUCCAAUCCUCCACCCUCUUCUACCUCUCUUUUGGCAAAGAUGACUACAUUGAUUUCUUCCGUAGCAACUCUGCCAAGGGUCCGGGAUCAGAUGCCGAAAAGCUGUCCCGUGUUUUGGUGGAUCAAAUGACUAAUGCUGUUCAGUAUCUUUAUGGUUCAAGUGUGAGGAAGUUUGUAUUUAUGGGGAUUCUGCCUUUAGGAUGUGCACCAAGGUUUUUGCCUUUGACGAAUGAUUCAGGGAGUGGUGGCCACCGUGGAAAUAGGGUGGUUUGUGCCGAUGAGAUCAACGAUUUUGUUUCGAAGUAUAAUACAUAUCUAGAGCAACGUAUCGUUAGCCUCAACGUAGAAUUAAACGAUGCUGAGUUGAUUUUCUGUGACAUUUAUCACCUGAUGAUGGACAUCAUAAAUAACCCAACCGCCUAUGGAAUAGAGAAUGUGAAGCGUGCAUGUUGUGGGAUAGGGAUGGAUGGUGGGAUGAGUGGGUGCAUGUCCAUGAACAUGGUUUGUGAAGACCCUUCAACCUAUGUAUGGUGGGAUCUAUUCAACCCUGGACACGUUGUAAGCUCAUUGAUUGCUGACUCAGCCUGGUCUGGCCAAUUAUUGCCUAACACCUGUCGCCCUACCACUGUCCAGAAAUUGGUAUCUUCUUCUUCAAUGGUUUUCAUAGGGGUUCUAGUCAUGGGAAUGGGCCCGACCCGUCACGGUCGGGGACGGGGAUUCCCCGCUAAAUCGGAGAUGGGGACGGAGACGAGGAUCCCCGUUUGUCUCAAAUUGGGGAUGAGGACGGAUUUGUCUAAGAUGGUUAACACACUGAGUAGACUGUCAAGCGAUGUUGGUGAUAAAGAGGCCUUUGUUAUGACAUUGAGGCAACCUAGAGAGGCCUGUAACACGCAACUCCCUUUGAUUCCGCCUAUGCUUCAAGGCAGAGUUGACGUUGUGCCAAGAGUGAAUUUGGCCACUAAUACUCCAGUCAUUCAGGAGGUAGAUCAUUAG